AUUUGAUGCGCGCGACUAACAGUGGCGCGCAGCAAAGCCUUUCUCUGCCCGCGGGCGCAAACUGUAGCCUGUAGCGACACCUACCGCACGACGUGAGCACCACCGGCCCUCAGGCCUCAGUGAGCGCCCGCAGUGCCACGUGACAAUAUGUGUUCUGUGUGCUUUCGGAAUUCCUUUGCGUCUGGUGUGCACCAACAGUGCGGUGAGCCGCUUUUCAAUUACAGGUGGACUGCUAGAUCAUCAUGUUCAGUGGCAAUCAGCAGCCAUUUCAGCCUGGCACUGCAGCUGGGCCUCAGACGCAGAUAGAGCUCUCUGUGGCAUGCAGUGGCCUGUCAGACAGAGACCUGUCAUCCAAGUCGGACCCAUGCUGUGUGCUAUACAUCUGUGAGGGAGCAGCUGGGGCAUUUGUGGAACUGGGGCGCACAGAGGUGGUCAAGAAUAGCCUCAAUCCUGUGUUUGCCACCAAGUUCCAAAUCAACUACAAGUUUGAGGAAAAACAGCUGCUGCGGUUCGCCGUGCUCGACUGGGACGUCAGCGUCGCCUCAGUCUCGCGGCAGGACGCACUGGGCGAGCUGCAGUGCUCGGUCGGAGAGGUGGUGGCUUCACUCGGCGGAAAGUUCCAGCGGCGUCUGUCGGGCGGCCGCGGCCUGCUGCUGGUCACCGCCGAGGAGGUCUCCGCCUGUCGCCAAGUGCUCACUCUCUCCCUGAGCGCCCGCAACCUGGACAAGAAGGACACAUUCGGCAAGAGUGACCCGUUCCUGGAGCUCAGUCGGGUGAACGCCGACGGCUCGACUACACUGACACACCGCACGGAGGUGGUCAAGAACAGCCUGUCGGCCGACUGGCGGCCGGUGACGGUGCCGCUGGGCUCCCUCUGCGCCGGCGACCUGCGGCGGCUCGUGCUCCUCCGCUGCUUCGACUGGGAUAACGACGGUACGCACGACGAGAUUGGAUCUUGUACCGUGCCCGUGGAGCAGCUCCUCGAGCCCGGCUGUCAGCUGAAGCUGGUCAAUGAAAAGAAGAGGGCCAAGAAGAAGAAGUACACCGACUCGGGCACUCUGCUGGUGAAUUCUGCUCGCAUCGCGCAGCAGGUGACGUUUCUGGACUACAUCCAGUCGGGCACUCAGCUGCACUUCACGGUGGCCGUAGACUUCACGGCGUCCAACGGGUAUCCGACCGACCCGCGCUCCCUGCACUACCGAGACCCACGCGGUGGAGAUAACCAGUACAUGACGGCUAUCAGAGCCGUGGGCAGCAUCAUACAGGACUACGACACCGAUAAGCAGUUUCCGUGUCUGGGGUUCGGCGGACGCGUGCCGCCGGACGGUCGCGUGUCACACGAGUUCUUCCUGAACGGCCACCCGAGCAACCCGUACUGCCAGGGCGUGGACGGCAUUCUGCAGGCCUACUACCACUCGCUGAACACAGUGCAGCUGUACGGUCCCACAAAUUUCGCGCCGGUAAUCCGGCACGUGUCGCGUAUCGCGGCCAGCUCCCCGCCGGACCGCGACUACUACGUGCUGCUCAUCAUCACUGACGGCAUUAUCACAGAUCGGCUGGACACGGUGGCGGCGCUGGUGGACGCGUCAGCGCUGCCCCUCUCCAUUAUCAUAGUCGGCGUCGGCAGCGAGGACUUCUCUGCGAUGGAGUACCUGGACUGUGACGGAGGACGACUGAGGGACGCCGCCGGCCGAUCCGCCGCCAGAGACGUGGUCCAGUUUGUCGAGCUGCUGCCGCUGCUGGGCCGGUACGGACUGGGCCCGGAGACCCAGGCCGGUCUAGCACGCGCCGUGCUCGCCGAGCUGCCGCGCCAGCUGGUGGAGUUCAUGCAGAGCCACGGCGUCACCCCCAACGCUCCCGCUCCGCCCGCCGCCCAGCCGGUGCAAUGAGGACUGCUGUCGACAUACUGAGACUUCUGCCGGUGAUUGAAGACUACCGCCGCUCCGCCCGCCCAGCCGGCGCAUUGAGGACCGACACAUUGGUACCACUGCCGGUGUAUUGAGGACUGCCGGCAUUCUGUAGACUAGGCACUGCCGCAGCUCCGCCCAGCCCAGCCAAUUCGCUAAGUGGGCGAGGAUAGAAUAUGCCGCUCCUUCUCUCUAAUUCAUCGGUGAGAAUGCACCGGUGUAUCAAUCUGUCGGUAAGUUGUACUUUUAAGUUGGGCAGGACUUUGAGUUGAGUGUUCUGAUGCAAUGAAUGACGAAAAGAAAAUAUUUUAAUGAAAGCUGGUAUAGUCAUGAUAUUCUUAUUGUGGGCAUGAUUAUAGUCAUACUGUCACCGAGGGCCAGUCAACUUUGCCAGACGAGGUUGAUUCAUUUUAUAAACUGUUCAAGUUUGUUUGUUUAAUUUUUUUUUGUGAGAUGUUUACAUGGAGAAUGACAUGUGGCCAAUUUUCUGACUCCCCAGUGUUUGUGAGAGACUGGCCAUCCACUUGUGAGCUCUUUAGUAGAUGUCUGUUUAGCACUGAUCUGUUCGCCAGAUGUUUCGGUGUUACGAUGAGCCGUUGUGUCGCUUCACGCUGCUUGUUCUUUCAGUUACCGUUAAUGUAUUUUACUGAACGAAACAUUUAAGAAUGCACUAUGCGAUCGAUAGAAUAGAUUAAGUUGCAAGACCUCAAAUGUGGUCUCUGAAGCCAAAGUGAUUCAAUGAUUCAGAUUAUGUGAUGCCAAUCAAAUGCAAUGUGAUUCUUGCAGGAGCUGCAAAUCGAUCGUACAAAUUGUUACGAGCGAGCGAGCGCAGCGAGCGAAGUGAGUCUUUUCAAUAUAACGGAAAAAUCUCAGUAUGAGCGGCCCGGCCCGGCCCGGCCCGGCCCGGCCCGGCCUGUAACGCUUUUGAGAGGCUUAUAUCUCAGCAACCGCUGGACCGAUUGGCCUGCGGUCUUUUUUGUUGGGUAGCCCCAUCCCUUCUACCCCGUAAUUGACUACUUUUGAUACAUCUCAGUGACCGUCGUGGCACGUGCCACGUGAAAAGUCAAGGGUGUUCAAGCUGUUUUGCAAAAGUAGUGAUUUUGAGAGGCUCAUAUCUCGGCAGCCGCUUGGGCGAUUGACUUGCGGUAAUUUUUAUAGGGUAGCAGCAUCCCUUCUAGCCAAAAUAGGAUACUCUCGAUGCAUGUGGGUCACCCCCAGUGCACGUGCAAAAUACAACAAUAAGAGGUGCCAAAUUUGUUCCCAUUUCAGUAACUUGGUAAUUACUGGGGCGAUUUCGCUGAAACUUGGCAUACAGGUAGGCACCCACCAGGCAAUGCAUUCCCAUGUGUUGCGGUUAGGGUGCUACUGCACGUGCGCACGUGCAGGGGGCGUUUCCAGAUCUCGAGAACGGCUGGGCCGAUUACGCUCAAAUUUGGUACACGGUUGGGGACCAGUUAGUAGGGUGCCGUGCAAAAGUCAUUUUGGACCCCGUUUGCACGUGCGCACGUGCAGAAUGCCGCUUCCAGAUCUCAGGAACGGCUGGGCCGAUUGCGUUCAAAUUUGGCACACCGCUAGCGACCAGUUAGAAGGGUGCUUUGCGCAAGCCCGUUGGAAGCACCCUCUCGCCCUUCCGCACGUGCAGGGCUCACUAUCUCGCUCGCUCGUUCUUCGCCCAAAAGGCGUUUUACUGGUAUGUAGUUAGAUUCCAAUUAGAUACCCCGAUUGAUUAGGUCAUAUAACGCAGUGCUGUUACGCCUCUGUGGUGAAGAAACUUGAAAGGUACUUUAAUGUACGACAGCAUUAGUCAAACGUGGCGAGUUAGUGCUAGCAAAUUACUUAGGUAGUGCCAGUUGAUGAGGCCUUUGCUGAAAAAUGAUACAAUCAUGGUGCCUUCCACUUUCAAACUGUGACUUGUAAUUUAGCUAAGAUCAUAAUAUCCAUAUGUAGAUGUACCGUUAGAAGUAUUUUAGUCUUCAUGGUUUGUUUGUAGUUUGUAACGGACGACUUCGAAGCCAAUGAAUGUGGUAUUUAUAUGAUUUCAGCAUUUCCGUACAGGGCAUUCCAAUAGGAUGUCCGUGCCUUCGCGUCGUUUGUUGCCGUUGUCUUGACUGUAACAUCGCGUAUAUUGCCUACUGAUCGGGCUCGGGUUCCGACGCUGUCUUGCCUGUUAGUGAAGAAUGACUGAUAGCUUAUUGCAUAUUGUGAUCAUUGUACAACGUCUACAUAUGGUGAUGAAAAGUGUGAUUAUUGCUUGUGCUGUCAGUUGUCAAUGUGAUUGAGGCUUGUGCCAACCAGUUAUCAAUGUGAUUCAGGCUUGUAGUUGUGCCAAUUAGUUAUCGAUGUGAUUCGGGCUUGUGCGAAGCAGUUAGCAUUGUGAUUUAGGCUUGCCAUGCCUUCCGUGUUAUAGGAAUGUUUAUCUUGAAAGGGAAUGCACAAUACAUCUGAUGCAACUU